AUGAUGGCUUCGCCUUCACCUGCUAGCAUGCGGUUCGAGGAAAAUAAGUCUGCAUGGCCAUAUUCUUCUCGUCCAACCAAGAGACACAAGCGCACCUCCGGCGGGAAUACCUCAGGACCAUCACCCCGCGAAAUUGGAUUUAUGAGAGAGUCUCAAAACGAUGGAUCCGCCACUUUCUUAGGAAGUUCAAGCGGGAUCCAUUUUAUCCGUCAUGUUUACCAUGCCUUUGCACGUCGUUCAGCAGAUCUGGACCAAUCACGAGCCCGUGACAGAACCUCGGUGCCAGGCGAAGACGACCGGCUACAGCGAAAUGCAGGAAGUAUUCAAAGCUCGGAUGAGAUUUGGACAAGGGAGGAAUUGAAUCAUGCACCAAAUAUCUCAUUUACUUUCGACGAUCUUGUUAUAUGGACACGCAGUUACUUCGAGAAUUGGCAUAUGAUCUUCCCGUGUCUCCACGCUCCGACAGUCUUGAAAACCAUGGAGACAGUCAGUCAAAAAGGGACAGGAUCAGUCAACCGAUCAGAAUUGAUGAUUAUCCGCUCCAUAAUGUCCAUUUCUCUCGGCGAUAAUCGACAGAAAACGUCGUCUAGAUCGAAGCUCAGUCCCGUUCCUUCGGUCUUAGUCUUUCGAUCCAUUCAACAUGUGAUACAAGAUGUACAAAGCCUCCUUGAAGAUCCAACUAGCUUGCCAUUGCUACAAGCAGCCUUUACCGCCCAACUUGCACUCACUUCUCUUCUGCGCCUGAAUGCCGCCUCGCGGGUAGGAGGUGUCAUCACCCGCACUGCAUUCCACCUCGGGUUGCAUCGGUGCCCAAGACGCUUCUCUUGCUUUAGUAGUGAAGAAGCCGAUAUCCGUUGUCGAUUAUUCUGGUCGAUCUAUUCCCUUGAAAGAUAUCUUUCUCAGGCCCUUGGCAUUCCGCUCUCUAUUCGAGAUGACGACAUCGACGUGUGCUACCCUGGUGCCGAGAGACAUUCUUCAAUCAUUAAAUUCCCCGAUGAUCGCAGAUUGCGCUUACUGUGCCAUCUUGCGAAAUUUGCACGGAUUCGAGGUCUGAUAGUUGAACUUCGUAAUAAAUCUAUUCUCCACUGUCACGCCAGCCAGGCCGAAGCGACUCAUGUUACUGGAGAACUGGCGCAAUGGUGGAAUGAAGUUUAUGACGAUGCCAACCCCAUUGAUGAACCCCCAGAAGAUGAUCUAGAACAAGAGCCGGUCUUGCGGCGAUAUCACCGGCUACUCCUAAUGAUACUGAGACACGAAGCUAUCAUCUCGCUCAACCGACCCCUUUUAGCCUCUGAAAAGCCCAGUGCGGAUUACAAGAAUGCUUUGCAGACUUGUAUUGGAUCUUCUAGAUCUAUACUUGCGGCAUUAAAAAAGCAUAUGUCAUCUGAACCGCAAUCUCCGCUCUCCUGGCCAUGCUUUACAUGGUCAACCUGGAUGGCCUGUCUCAUUUUGAUGUAUGCUGCAUGGGAAGAGGAGUUCUCCACGCCCACUGCUCUCAAAUAUGCGAGAAUGGGGAUUGCUAUUUUGGAAAACCUAUCAUUGCGCGGUAGCAGCUGGCCAGAAACCUGUAUUGAGGCGAUCAAAGGCAUGCAAUCUGCUUUCCAGACACAAGCAUCUAGUGUCCAGAAGGCCAAGGCUAGUGCUGCUACAGUUAACGGCGCCGAGAGAUUAACUCAAUCUCCUGCGCAAGCUACGCCAUUGACAAAUAAACGGAUCUCACGAAUGCUGCCGGUUCAGGAUGGAAAUGAUGAGAUUGGAGAUGCAGGUCUCACGCCAAUUCGACCUCGAGCUUUAACGCCGAAUGGAUACGAAGGCCAUCCAGUCCCUACUGGAAUUCAUCCUUUCCAAUCAUCAAUUCGCUCUCCUAUUCAAGGCCUUAGCUCCACAGAGAAUUACGACUCUGCCGUUUUUUCACCCUCUGACAACAUCGGUAACUUUGCCGAGACAUUAGAUCCUGCUGAGAACUAUCUCAGUGGACACUCUUCAGCUGGUCUUGUUUUUGGCAACAUGGCUGACGGAAACCCUGCUUUUAAUCCGAGUUUUUCUGGUCAAGACUCUUUGCCAUUUUCAUCAUCUAUGCCCAUGAACGAUUUAUGGAGUGUGGCUGAUGGCCCAUGGAUGAUUCACAAUAACUUCUUGUGA